GGCUAGUCCGCGCGCCACCCGCCCCUAACGCGAGUACACCGUCGCUCAUCAAUGGAUUGCCCGAGGUGACCGGUGUCUGACUCAACAACGCCUCACCUCGUGUAGGUGGGUAGUGGCUCUGAUGCGGAUCGGGGCGGCGGAGCGGUCCGCUCUCCGCUAGAUGAUGCGCGCAGGGUGACUCUCCUCGCCCGCGGUGCAUGUACGCAGCGGCGGGCGGCGCGUCGCUCGCGGGCCGAAAGGCGCGCCAACACGGCCGCCAGCCCGCGCCGCCGAGCCCGCACCCGCACAGCCCGGUCCAUCCCGCGCCCACCGGCGUCCGCGCCUACUCCUGCCAGCACUGGGAGUCGCGGCUGCUCGCGCCCCCGCCCCGUACCCUCUCCGCUCUCGAGCCGCAGUCGCCAUGCGACGUCGUCGAGGUACUGCCUGUAUGUUGUGCCUGUGCCUACGUGUCGAUGUUAUCUAGUUUAAGCAUGUCAUGUAAAAGAGCCACACACGACACUAAUCCAGCGGCUUAACUUAUGUUCAAACUGUUUGCAUUUGCACUAGAUUAAGCCGCUCGAGUGCGUAUGUAGCUUCAACGGUUUAUGUGCUGUUACUAUUAAGUAUUGAGCUUCUUGUAAUAAGUUUGGUAAAUAUAGCAUUCAAUGUA